AAGCUAACGACCGGCGCGAGACGGCUCGACGGAGGCGACUGGCCCUCCGAGGGGGGAAGGGAGCGCGCUUGUCUCGCUCGCCCCUCUCCGUUCGCCGCGCGGGCACGAGCUGCUACAACCCAGAGAACGGACUCCGCCCCUUUUGCUUUCCACAAGGCGCGCGCCCGCCAGCGACGCGCGCGCCCCUCUUCCCCCCCCCAUCUUUUUUUUCCCUGUUUAUGAGAAGCAGAGAAGGCUCACAGGGUGCGCGCGCACGCGCGUCCGUCUCACUCCCCCUUCAGCCACCCGAUUCCUGCCCUCUCUCCCCCCUCCCCCCGCCUUUCCUCUGGAGGCCGCCGGCCCGCAGCGCUGUGGGGCCGUGUCGCCUCUGGCCCUCCCCCCCUUCCCUUGGAAAGCCUUUCUCCCCCCUCCCCCCUUUCUAGAUUGGGGCCUGGGCGCGGCCGGGGGCUCCGAGCCUGAUGGGGGAAUGAGGUAGCUGCGGCUUCGAGAAAGAUGGUGGAUGUUGAUGUUUGUGCUGGUGGGGAUAGCACCCGAAGAAAAAUGGAUUCCCUAACAGAUAGUGCAGCUGAGAUCAUUCCGUUGGAACUCUAUGAUUCAUCUCGAGCGAAAAUAGCUGCUAAUUUACAAUGGAUCUGUGCUAAAGCAUAUGGAAGAGAUAAUAUCCCUGAGGAACUGAAGGACCCAUUCUAUAUAGACCAGUAUGAGCAAGAACAUAUUAAACCACCUGUCAUCAAGCUGCUACUGUCCAGUGAGCUGUACUGCCGUGUCUGCAGCCUCAUUUUGAAAGGGGAUCAGGUGGCUGCUCUACAGGGACACCAGUCAGUCAUCCAGGCUCUGUCUCGGAAAGGGAUUUACGUCAUGGAGAGCGAUGAUACACCUGUGUCCGAAUCUGAUCUCAGCAGCGCGCCAGUCAAAAUGAGUCCUCACAUGGCAAUGAUUGAUGCUCUUAUGAUGGCCUACACUGUGGAAAUGAUCAGCAUUGAAAAAGUGGUUGCAAGUGUCAAACGUUUUUCUACAUUUAGUGCCUCAAAGGAAUUGCCCUAUGAUCUGGAGGAUGCAAUGAUAUUCUGGAUUAAUAAGGUGAACCUUAAAAUGAGAGAAAUAACUGAAAAAGAGAUCAAAUUGAAACAGCACCUACUGGAAAGCCCAGGUCACCAAAAGUCUCCCUCCAAAUGGUAUUGGAAAUUAGUACCUGUACGAUAUCGUCGAGAUCACCUUUCAAGCAGGCAGUUACCAUUUUUCCCGAUGCUUGAAGAUCUCAUGAAGGACUGCAGCGAUGGAGCUGCUUUACUGGCUGUAAUACACUAUUACUGUCCUGAACAAAUGAAGCUAGAUGAAAUCUGCCUGAAAGAAGUCACAUCGAUUGCAGACAGCAUCUAUAACAUUCAGCUGCUUCGGGAGUUCUCAAACGAAUACUUAAACAAAUGUUUUUACCUCACAUUGGAGGACAUGCUAUAUGCACCUUUAGUUCUGAAGUCCAAUGUAAUGGUCUUCAUUGCUGAAUUAUUCUGGUGGUUUGAGAAUGUCAAGCCUGACUUUGUGCAGCCCAGAGACCUCCAAGAAGUAAAAGAUGCUAAAACAAUGUUGCAGCAGAAGAGCAGUAGGCCACCUGUUCCCAUUUCCAAUGCGACCAAACGGAGUUUCAUGGCCAGCCCAGUGGCUUCCAGCUCAGCUGACACCCAGCCCCCAGUUCAGCUUCCUUUGGAGACUUGCAACAGGUAUUACCUGCAUCCUGAAGAAUUUGAGUCCCUUGGAAAAGGAAGCCCUGCCUUCAGCCCAUCCCAUCCAUUACUGCCACUGAGACAGAAACAACAGAAGUCUCUGCAGGGGGAGGACAGUUCAGGUCAACGCCAUCGUUCUAAUUCAUUGACUAGAGUGGAUGGGCAGCCACGGGAGUCAGUUCUUGCUUGGCCAGAUAAGAAACCAAGGCCUCUGUCUCAGCCGACACAGUUUGGUCUUCAUCAUGCCACAAGCAGUGACGCAGACCCUAGUUCUGGUGAUAGCAUUAGCUUGGCUCGAUCGAUCAGCAAGGACAGUCUAGCAUCAAACAUCAUCAAUAUCACUCCAAAACAGCAGUCUCACUGUUUGCCAGUGAAAAGCAAUGGGAAAAGCUUGCUGAACAAUGUUGAGAUAGAAGAUGAAGAUGAAGAAUUGAUUGCAAUAAUCCGACCAGAUGCCACGCCAAGCCACGGCAACCUUGAACUUCAGAGUGUGCCAGCUAGAUCACCAGGCUUUGUUGCAGCUGCGUGGGCUCAAAAGCCACAAAAUGAGGCCCCAGAGAGCAAACCAGAGAGUUUUUUCCUCGAGCCUUUAAUGCCUGCUGUACUGCGACCAGCAAAGGAAAAACAAAUAAUUAACAAGGAGGACGAAUGCGGCGAAGGGAAAACACGAGGUUUUGUAGCAAAGAGGCUGAAUGAGGGACACAUGUCUUUAGUUCGUAAAAAAACAAAUAGCAAUCAUGCAGAUCACAACCUCAACAGGACUUUUAGUGUAGCUUCUAGUUCAGAAUUAACCACAGUUGCUGGUUCUGGCAUGGCAGAUCCAUUGGUACAAUCGGAGGUAAGCGCAGAACCCUUUCGGCCUCAAGCGAGUAGCAGUUUGGAGCCUCCACCUCGAGACCAGUCCUUUGGCGGAUUCUUUCUUCAUGCUGCCAAACCAGAUGAGGAGGUGGUAAGCAGUGCCAAUAUGGGCUAUGUGAAAAGCCCAAGUUCCCACGUAGCAGACACCUCCUGGACAAUUGUGAGGCAAGAUUCUGACUCCGACAUUCUAGACAUGGAGGAAGCAGAGCAAGACCUAGUGGCGGAUGACCAUCCGAUAAUUGCCAAGUACAUUGGAGAAGAGGAGUCGGCAAAGCUACAGGAAGACAUGAAAGUAAAGGAGCACGAAGAUAAAGAUGAUGCCAGCGGGCGUUCGAGUCCUUGUCUGAGCACCAUUUCCCAGGUUAGUAGUGUGUCCAUGACCAGUGGGAGUGCCAGGAUGACUAACUUUGCCGAACGGAAGCUGCAGAGGCUGAACAGUUAUGAAACCAAAUCCAGUACGAGUAGUUCACAGAAGACCACGCCCGAUGGGUCAGAGUGUUGCCCGGCUCCGUUAACCACAUGGAAGCAGAAGAGGGAGCAGAGCCCAAACAGGCAAAGCAAAGAUAAUGUUAAUCUCUUGGCUUCUGAACUGGUGCAGCUUCAUAUGCAACUAGAGGAGAAGCGAAGAGCAAUCGAGACUCAGAAGAAGAAGAUGGAGGCGCUGUCAGCCAGGCAGCGAUUAAAGCUGGGCAAGGCGGCAUUUUUGCAUGUGGUUAAAAAGGGGAAAGGCCCUGACGUCUCACAGUCUCCUAAACCAGAACACUUCACAAAAGAGUACUCGAGGCACAACGGGGAAGGCCUGGAUGAUACUAACUCUUUGAACUCUAAGUCAGAAGUGUUCUUUGUGAAAGAGGAAGGGACAGAAGAUGUCCUUGAUGACUCUUGUGAAGUACCCAAAGUGAAAAUGCAGGAAACCAUUGCUUUUGUUGAGCAGAACAAUCCAAAAGAACCCACCAUCCAUGAAUUGGAGAAAAGCAAAAUGAUUUCUGCUGCGCUCCUGGAAGAGAACAUUGAAGUGGCCGACAUCAAUGAAUGUGAUCUUUCGAUUGAAAAAUUAAAUGAAACAAUCAGUACCCUCCAGCAGGCUAUAUUGAAGAUUUCUCAGCAGCAGGAACUCUUAAUGAAAGCGCCGGCAGUGCCAUCAUCAAGAGGGAGCUCACAGGACCAAAAGAUAAAAGCACCGAUUCAUUUUGUCGAGUCCCUCUCUCCUACAGGAAUGAGCAGCCUUCGUAAACCUCCUCGACUUGGCCAAGGACGGAGUCCCCGCUCUGGGAGGCCAUCAGAACUGAAAGUCGCGAAGGACAGACAGCAAACUAUGGCACGGAUCAAAACCCCAACUCCCAGUGUUGACACUUUGCCACAUUUAAGGCAGUUUCCGUCAGCCAAUUCACCGAAGACACCGACUGAAACGGCCCUUGAAAAUAAUGUGAAUUCAGGAAGCACCCCUCAGGAGAAGCUUGUCUUUGAUAGCUAUAGACUCCGUGAUGAGAGCAAUCACCCAGGGGAAUUUCUUCUGUCUACUUCCAAAGACACUAAUAUCCUCUCUGAAGCUAUCAAAGAUGUAAAUAGCAACAUAGAGGACUUUAUCCAUUCUUUUGAUGGCUCAGGGAAAGAGAAUGUCCCAGCAGAAGAACCCUUGAGAAGCAAAGUUAGUCUAAUUGAAGUAGACCUGUCUGAUUUGAAAGUCCCAGAUGAAGAUGUUGAAAGCCAAGGCAGCUCCACAGACUUAAUCAGUGAAAUUGACCAGAAGUCAGGAGUUGGGUUUUUCUUUAAGGAUGAGCAGAAAGCAGAAGAUGAACUGGCCAAAAAACGCGCAGCCUUCCUCUUAAAGCAGCAGCGCAAAGCUGAAGAAACGCGACUUCGAAAACUGCAACUGGAGGCAGAGGUUGAACAAAAGCGAGAUGAAACCCGUCGCAAAGCCGAGGAAGAUAGAAUACGGAAGGAGGAAGAGAAAGCUCGAAGAGAGCUCAUCAAACAGGAAUAUCUGAGAAGGAAACAACAGCAGAUCUUGGAAGAGCAGGGCCUCGGGAAGCCCAAAUCUAAACCCAAGAAGCCCAGGCCAAAAUCUGUCCACCGGGAAGAGUCCUAUAGCGACUCAGGGACAAAGUGCUCUUCUACUCCUGAUAAUUUAAGCAGUGCUCAGUCUGGUUCCAGCCUCUCCUUGGCAUCAGCAGCAACAACUGAGCCUGAAAGUGUCCAUUCGGGUGGCACACCUUCCCAGCGAGUGGAAUCAAUGGAAUCUUUGCCCAUAUUGAGUCGGAAUGCCAGUCGAAACAUGGAGAGAGACUGGGAAAACACCUCAACAGCCUCUUCAAUUGCUUCGGUGGCUGAAUAUACUGGUCCAAAACUGUUUAAAGAACCCAGCAGCAAGUCAAACAAACCAAUUAUCCACAACGCUAUAUCCCACUGCUGUCUUGCUGGAAAAGUGAAUGAACCUCACAAAAACUCCAUAUUGGAGGAGCUUGAGAAGUGUGAUGCCAACCAUUACAUCAUUUUGUUCCGCGAUGCCGGCUGCCAGUUCAGGGCACUUUAUUGCUACUAUCCCGACACAGAAGAAAUCUACAAGCUGACAGGAACGGGGCCAAAGAGCAUCACCAAGAAAAUGAUUGACAAACUUUAUAAAUACAGCUCGGACAGAAAGCAGUUUAACCUGAUUCCAGCCAAAACCAUGUCCGUUAGUGUAGACGCUCUGACGAUUCAUAAUCAUUUGUGGCAACCCAAGCGACCCGCAGUGCCAAAGAAGACUCAGACUCGCAAAUGACGCUAAAUUUGUGUGGGAGACAAUUGUCAGUUGUGUUGCUGGGGAGAAAGGACUUUCCCCUGGAGUUCUGAGUAUAAGACAUGCAGCAUCGUAAUUUUUUUUUAAAGAAGAGGCUUCUAAACCGGGAUGCAAGGAAAGAAUGAAGGAACAACUCCAGUGUUCUGUCUUUUGUUUUCGUAUGAAUGAUGAAAUGGCUGUUACACUCAUUGCGAACUACGGAGGCUUUUUACCCAAGGGAAGAUGCAUGUAGCGAGAUCAUAGGCAGUGGAUUUCCUUUUACUUGAAGUUCUUCAUUGGUACAAAUUGGGACAUUCUUUGCUUCAGAUCCUCUUGCUCCCCCUUCCCCCUCCCAAAUAAUAACUUGGAGAGUUGGCACAUGCUGCACUUCAUUAGGAGAGGGAAUUGGGCUAUUGGGCAGGCUUGAGGAAAAAUUAGCCUUCCCUUUAGACUUUUUGGGUGGGGGGGAGGACUCAAUAACACAAACUAUUGUACUGUACCAACUGCCAAGACUAAGCUCUGCUCUGACGUCCGGGAAGAAAAACACUAGGCCAGUUCAACCGGGCCCCUUGCUGCUCAGAACAAAGUUUAUUUAACAGUAUCUGUUCUUUAUAAGCACUGAAAGAUGGAAGAAAAAAAAAUCUUGUCUUUUUUUUUUUAAAUGAAAAAGGAGGUCUUAUGCAAAUUAUUAUGGCUGAACAUUUCUGCAACACAAUCAUGAAGAGGCUGACAUUGGCCACUGGCUAGACUAUUCCCCAUCUGAAACUUGAGGCAAACUGAAUGGAGUGCCGUUGACAUGGGCUUUCUGUUCCAAGUAGUAUCCAGCAACUUGUCUUUUGAAUAAAGACGCAUUCAAGUAAUAGUGGAACAUUUUCACUCAGCGCACGUUACUCCUGUAUACUGGUGCACUUAAUGAUCACAAAUUCUGUUUUUUUACAUCAUGUCCUAAAAUGUAAUUCUAACUUGUCCUGUCUGUCUCCCCCCCCCUUUUUUUUUUUUUUUUGCUGAAUGAGCAGCAUGCUCUAAAAUGGAGUGUGGAUUUUUUUUUCUUUUUUCUUUUUAUUUGUUAAUUAUUUGGGGGUGGGGGUGGGGCAGGGAUAUAUGCUAAUAUAUGACAAAACAAACCAGUUUCCAUAUAAUAAUUUUAAAACAAACCUGCAUUUGUUUCAAAGGCUUAAAUAAGUCUGGCUUCAAGUUUUUUUUUUCUUUUUCAUCUUAAUAUAUUAAAUCUUGAGUUACGACCUUAAACCUGUGUAUUUUUUUCCCCUUCAGGGACCCUAUUUAUAUCUGGUGGGCCAGUGUGGGGGAAGGCUGUUCAGCUCCAAUUGGCUUAUAAUCGUGUCCCUCAAAACGUGUAAUCCUACCCACCCCUGAAGCUCCAAGGUUUUCAGCCUGUCUUUAUUCAGGUCCUUAGCACAUUUUUCUGUACUGCCUGGGAAUUUCUUUAUAGGGGUAUAGCUUUGGUUUGCACAUGCUACUUCUAUUUGAAGUGUUACUUGAAUAUGUAUCUUGUAAUGCAAAGGACACUAUUCUAACACUAGAAAGGAGCAAAAUCCACAAACAUAACCCAGUAUAAUUAUUUAAGAAACUUUUUAAAAAAUAAUAAUUGGAUUUAGAAUGAAUUUUGUAUAGAGGGAGGCCGAAAUAGGGUACGUUAAUGCAAAGCAGAGAAAUGGAAGUGACCGUCUUCCAUUGCAGUCUUUGCAAUUCCCUCCCCUGAAGAGUACUUUUUAAAUAGGCAGCUGUACAUUUUGUUCCAUAGUUGGCUACCCUGUAAAUAAUGAAAGGCUUUAUUAUUUCUAAAAGUGCUAAGUAUUAAACACUGUCAUGAGUGUAAUUUUUUUUUUUGUUACAUGCUUUUCAUGCUUUAUUUCUCACUGUUUGAUAUUAUACAACAUAUUUAUUUUACGGAAGCACUGAAAAUUUAAUAAAGAUCAUCAGCUAA